AUGAACCACUCGAUCCGAAAGACCGCUGUUGACUUGGAUGUGUCGAUCGAGACCGCCCACACCAUCAUGGCGAAGGACUUGGGAUGCAAGCCGUACACGGGGUUACGUACGCAAGGUUCACGGGGUAACGGAGGCUACAACAAAGAAGAGGCAGGACAGAGCAAAACUGCUACUUUCGCGGCACUCUGGUCUGGAAUUAUAUUUAUUGACGACUUGUUAGUGUUCGGCGAAAACGAAGGAGAACACGACGAAGCUUUGACAAAAGUAAUACGCAAGCUGGAUGAAUUGGGCGUACAAUUAAACCACCACAAAUGCAAGUUCAAACAAGCAGAGGUAGUUUUCUUGGGACAUCAACUAUCGGCUAAGGGAGUGUUACCAUCAUACGACAAAGUUCAAUCAAUUCUCGAUUGUCGAACACCGAAAUCGAAAGAAGAACUAAGAAGCUUUCUCGGACUGGUCACAUUUGUCUCGCGUUUCAUUCCGGAUUUGGCAACAGCAAACCAUCCAUUGCGCGAACUUAUAAAACAGUCUACGCCAUUCGAGUGGUCGAUGGAACACCAAAAAUCUUUUGAAAUGGUUAAACGUCGUAUCGGAUCAUUGGACUACCUAGGCUAUUUCGAUCCUAAAGAUCGCACAUUGCUGAUUACGGAUGCCUCAGGUGUAGGCCUAGGAGCAGUCCUAAUUCAGUAUAAAAACGAAAAACCAAGAGCCAUCAGCUAUGCUUCUAAAAGUCUCUCUCAAACGGAAAUAAAAUACCCUCCUAUUGAAAAGGAAGCUCUAGCCAUAGUGUGGGCUGUGGAGAGAUUUCGUAUAUAUUUAAUUGGCAUUAGCUUCGAGUUGGAAACUGACCAUCGUCCACUGGAAAGUAUUUUUACGAGCACUUCAAGACCUACAAUUAGAAUUGAGCGAUGGCUACUACGAUUGCAGGGAUAUAAAUUCAAGGUAGUGUAUCGGAAAGGAUCCGCCAAUUUGGCCGACUCGUUGUCGCGAUUAGCGGCACAUGUUAAUGAUGUACACUGGCAAGAUGAAUCGGAGGUCUACAUACGUCAGGUCGCGGCAGGUUUUCUCUCGACUUCCAACGCAGGAUAUGGGGCAGAGUUUGAUCUAGAUACUGAAGUUGAGAUAAGGGCUAUCCAGGAAACUGCAGCUAUCGAUAUUACCGAAGUAGUUCAAAUGACAAGAACAGAUGAUGAAUUAACUGCAAUCAAGGAAGCAAUUAUGUCUAAUAACUGGACAAACCCCAAAGUGAAACCUUUCGCCCCUUUUCAACACGAACUGAGUUACGCAAACGGCAUAAUAAUGCGUGGAAUGAAACUGGUUAUUCCAAAAAUGCUUCGAACCCGUAUGUGCCAACUAGCACACGAAGGACAUCCGGGACAUUCCGCGAUGAAAAGCAGACUACGAGACAAAUGUUGGUGGCCGAAUAUGGACCAGGAGGCUGUGAAGGUGUGUGACCAAUGCGAGGGAUGUCGCCUCGUUCAUGCGGCAGCCCCUCCUGAACCAAUGGAACGACGGAAACUACCGGAAAAACCCUGGAUAGAUUUGGCGAUAGAUUUCUUGGGCCCAUUGCCUUCAGGAGAAUACAUAUUGGUUAUUAUUGAUUACUAUAGCCGAUAUAUGGAAAUAGAAAUAAUGAAACGAAUAACAGCACAGGAGACGGUUAAACGAUUGCAGAAGAUUUUUCGAACGUGGGGAUACCCACGGACAAUAACUCUAGAUAAUGGGAAACAGUUUGUCUCCCAAGAAUUCGACGAAUUUUGUAAAAGAACUGGCAUUGUCUUAAAUCACACUACGCCAUAUUGGCCGCAAGCUAAUGGCGAAGUAGAACGUCAAAACCGAUCGUUGCUAAAGCGACUGAAGAUCUCUAAUGCGUUAUAUGGGGAUUGGAAGACCGAACUAGACGAUUACCUGAUACUUUAUAAUAACAAUCCUCAUAGUGUAACUGGACAACUACCAAGUGAGUUGCUCCAAAAUCGUAAAUUGAGAUUUAAGAUACCGCAGACAGACGAUAUUUCUACAACACCACCGAUAACGGAGUUCCGUGACCGUGAUUUAAAACAAAAAUUUGACAGUAAAAUUGCUGAAGAUGUUAGGCGAGGCUCAAAACCGAGUGUUCUUGAGCUCGACGAUACAGUUUUAAUGAAAAAUCUCCUACCGAAGGAUAAACUCUCUACCGAUUUUUCGAAAGAAAAGUUCAAGGUCAUUGAUUAA